GUCACUUAUAAAGUCUGUCGGCGAGAAAUCGAGUCAUCCGUUUGAGGUUAAAGGGGUAGAUAUUAUAAGCUACCGGGCAGGUAUUUGAUUUGUGACAGAGCAUGGUCAAAGUGCAGAAAACAGAUGCAGAGGGCUUUCUUAACACACUGGAAGAGGAACAAAAGGAAAAAGUGUGAAAGAUCAAGGAAGAGGAGGACAAAGGCUGGAAGUGCUGCCAGACUGAAAGCAAACCCAUUCAGACGUGCAUUACUGUCCCUACCCCUAGCAAAUGUGUGCUCCCUGGACAGCAAGAUGGGUUACAUAAGGCUGGAAAUGGCAUCACAAAAACAAGCUUGCUACAUUAUGAGAUUUAGUAGCACAUAUUAACUAUUGAAGAAUGUGAUCUUGGAUUUGGCAGCCUGCUCCACUUAAUCCCUAUAUACAGGGCAUAAACAUAUUGUUUCGUGUGUUCUGAGGCAACCACUGAGAAUGCUUCCAGGUCUGGCACAUAGAUCAUGGCAUAUGUUUUGUAAAUUUUACUUCAGGCACCACAGCAAGCAGAUCAGCAGAGCCUGCCAUGGGUCUCAUUGUGUUGUAAAAAAAGGACAUCUCUGGUGUCAUUGGUCAUCAAAGCAGUUGUGUCUUGCUAGCGUAUCAUCAUCCUGGCGAUGUUAUUCUUCUGGUGGCCAAAAGGGGGAUUCCCAUGGUCCUCAGUCACAAAAUAGCACUAGGUCAUCAUCUUCAACAGGGGAUGUUUCAGGCUUACAACACUCUACAGAGAAAUCAGAAGCAGCUCCUGGUCCUAGUGUCAAGAGUCCAGUUGCAUCUUCCACUGCUGCACCCAUCCAUGUAAGAGUGAAAGCAGUUUUGAAGAAACGAGAAUAUGGAAGCCGAUAUACUGAAAAUAAUUUCAUCACUGGUGUUCGAGCAAUGAAUGAGUUUUGCCUAAAAGCAAGUGAUUUGGAACAGCUGAGAAAGAUCAGGCGAAGAAGUCCCCAUGAUGACUCAGAAGCCUUUACAGUCUUUCUAAGAUCUGAUGUUGAGGUCAAAGCUCUAGAAGUGUGGGGAAGCUUAGAAGCACUUAACAGAGAAAGGAAGAGACAGAAAGAAAUAGAGAUUGAAUAUAAAGAAAUUUUCUCAUCCACAGAUAUGUUUAAGAAUCAGAAACUACUGAAAGAAUACAAAGACUUUUUUGGAAACACAAAGCCUCGGUCCAGGACAACAGGGGCAUUUAUUCAGGGACCUGGGAAAGUUGUGAUGGUUGCUAUUUGCAUAAAUGGACUGAACUUUUUCUUCAAACUACUUGCCUGGCUCUACACAGGAUCUGCAAGCAUGUUCUCAGAAGCCAUACAUUCUUUAGCAGACACUUGCAACCAGGCUUUGUUAGCUUUGGGCAUCAGCCAGUCUGCAAGAACUCCGGAUCCUGAGCAUCCGUAUGGCUUUUCAAAUAUGCGCUACAUUGCCUCCCUGGUCAGUGGGGUUGGUAUUUUUAUGAUGGGUGCUGGACUUUCUUGGUAUCAUGGAAUUAGUGGUUUGAUUCAUCCUCAACCAAUUGAGUCGCUUCUUUGGGCAUAUUGCAUUUUAGCAGGAUCACUGGUGUCUGAAGGAGCUACACUUUUGGUUGCCGUGAAUGAAAUUAGGAAGAGUGCUCGGGAAAGAGGAUUAUCAUUCUAUCAGUAUGUGAUGCAGGCUCAUGACCCCAGCACAAACGUAGUUUUACUGGAAGAUGCUGCAGCUGUCCUGGGAGUAAUACUAGCUGCUUCUUGUAUGGGAUUGACUUCUCUUACAGGAAAUCCAUACUAUGAUUGUAUUGGUUCUCUUGGUGUUGGAACACUGCUGGGCUUUGUUUCAGCGUUUUUGAUCUACACAAACACUGAAGCACUUCUUGGAAGAUCGAUUCAGCCUGAACAACUUCACCGACUCACUGAGUUACUGGAAAGUGAUCCUUCAGUAAGGGCUAUUCACGAUGUUAAAGCUACAGACAUGGGAAUGAGCAAAGUACGUUUUAAAGCAGAAGUGGAUUUUGAUGGACGGGUUGUGACACGAUCUUACUUGGAGAAGCAAGAUAUAGAACAGAUGCUUCAGGAAAUUCAGCUAGUAAAGUCUCCAGAGGAACUAGAAGCCUUCAUGUUGAAGCAUGGUGAAAAUAUCAUUGACACUUUAGGAGCUGAAGUUGACAGACUGGAAAAAGAACUGAAGCAACUGAAUCCUGAGCUGCGACAUGUAGACUUGGAAAUACUGUAAUUCUGCGGCACAGAAUGAAGUGUUUUCAUUGGAUGUCCUGAAAAACAAUGGUGUGCUUGCUUGAAGCGUCGUCCUUUGUCACAGUCUUAGGAGAGCCUUUGUGCAUCACAGACAAUACUGUGUGGGUUAUCAAAUUAUUUAUUUCUAAGUUAUAAAAAAAACUGCUUGGGAGACCCUCUAUGUUCAUAUGUUACAUGAAAGCUUAGUUUACCCACCCACCCCCAAAAAAGUAACUGAAGUUGUGUUGAUAACCUAGCUGCAAGCAGAUAAGUUAUGCCAUUCCGGCAUUGUCAUGCAUUAUAAUAUUAUAAUUGUUAAUAAAUUUAAGCUAUUUAAAUUGACAAUGUACUGUAAUGUUUUAACAUUGAUAAGAAGGACCUUUUUAUGGAUGAAAUAUUUUAAGGUUUUAAGAAAGUAAAGGUAAAAGGAGCCAAAACCUUGUCAGCUGUUGUACUUCAUUGUUAAAGGAAGUACGUGCUUGUCAAAUCAUGUGUAGACUGCAGAGCAGCAUUGUAAGAAUAUUAACCUGCAGUAAAGCACAGAUGCAUGCAUUGUGUCAGUCUUAAAUGUAAAAAUCUAUAGACUGUAUAAAAACGUUUUAAGUAUCUGUACCUCAUGCUGUGCUGAACCUAUACUUAAAUUACUGUGCUACUUGAAGAUUUGUGUUUUCUGCUGUCAUAUAAAUCAUAAAGCUGUAAAACUGCAUUGUACAGUUGAGGCAGGGUUUUCUUUCUAGUCUGCCAAACAGCCACACAUACUUUAUUAAAAAAUAGCCUUUAAUAGA